GGGAGGCGCGAAGCUUUUAGGUCUGCCCUAAUCUGAGUUCCUUCUCCCGGCGCCGACGUAGCUUCGCUCUGUUCUUCGCUGCGCAAACUGCGGCUCAUCGGUGCCCAUUCGUACUCUUAUAGAAGGUCAGCCUUCCCUUCUCUAAAACCCUUGUAAAAAAUUUCGAAUUCGAAAAUGAUGAAUGAUGAAGAGGAGAGAAUGGGAGAAAUGAUGAAUGAUGAAGAAGAGGGAAUGGGAGAAAAUGAUCCACAUAACAAUGAAAAGAAAUUGAUGGACGAAGCUUGUCAACAGAUUCUUAGAUUUUAUCGCACAAGUGGUAUUCCCUUUUAUUGUGCAAAAAAUCCAGAAUUUGUAAAAAUAUUUGAAUUGGUUGAAAAAUGUGGUUCGAAAUUUGUACCUCCUUCCUACCAUGAGCUUAAAAAGUUUUCUCUAAAAAAGGAAAUGAAGAAUACAAUUGAUAGGCUUGAGUACAAAUAUAAUUGGAAGAAGACAGGUUGCUCAAUAAUAUGUGAUGAAUGGACAGACACAAAGGGAAGAUUUUAUUGUGAUUUUUUGCUGAAUAAUCCAGAAGGAACUAUUUUUUUGAAAUCUAUCAAUACAUCUGAAUUUUCUGAAACAAAUGAAAAAGUUUUUAAUGCACUGAAUGAAAUAGUUGAAGUGGUUGGAGAGGAGUAUGUUAUUCAAGUGAUAACUAGGAAUACUACAAAUUAUAAGGAUGCCGUGGAGAUGUUGAUAGAAAAAAGAAAAAAGAUUUUUUGGAGUCCUUGUGUCGUCCAAUUGUUAGAUGGAAUUCUAGAAGACUUUGAAAAUAACUUGUCAUAUCAUUGGAUAACUAUUGGUAAAGGUAAAAAGAUUAGUACAUUUAUUUGUUCAAGAACCAGAGUAAUUUUGAUGUUAAGAGAUUUCACUAAAGGCAAGCAUUGGAGCAUACCAACUAUUACUCCAUUGGCUACUGCAUAUUUGACUUUGUUAUAUCUUAUUGAUAUGAAAGACGCACUUAUUGCAAUGUUUUCAUCGGAGCAAUGGAAGUCAAAUGAAUUGGCAAAGACAAGAGAGGGAGAAGAAAUACAACAAAUAGUUCAGGAUUAUGGAUUUUGGCAUGAAAUAGUCUAUUGUAUGAUCUUUGCUCUUCCUAUCAUUGAACUACUUCUGAAGAUAUAUUCCGAUGAGCAACCAACCAUGGGAUUCAUUUAUAAAGAGAUGAAUAGUGCAAAAGAGAGUCUUCAAUCAUGGAAUAAUAUAAAAGGGUAUGAGGUUAUUUGGAAAAUAAUUAAACAAAGAUGGAAUCCACUACUUCACCCACAGUAUAUAGCAAGUCAUUUUUUGAACCCUCAAUUGAUCUACGAUUCCACUUACCAGUUUCAUUCUAAAUCUAAUGAGGGAUCUUUUGCUUGGUUAGCAAAAUUAAUAAUUGAUUACGAUGAUGAUCUAAGCAUGACCGCAGAAAAUCUGAAAAAGAUAGAGCAUCAAAUCGUUGAUUUUUCAAUCUCUAAGGGAUUAUUUGGAAGUAAGGCUGCAAUUCUGAUGAGAAAUACAAAAGAUCCAGCUAAGUGGUGGGAUUCAUAUGGAAAGCAUUGUCCUGAGCUGCAAAGGAUGGCGAUUCACCUAUUAAGUUUGACUUGUAGUUCUUGUGGAAGUGGACAAACUUGGAGCGCAUAUGAGCAGGUCCACCCAAAGAAAAGUAGGCUCUUGUGUCGAGAGAAGCUGAGUGAUUUGUUCUGUGUCAUUCAGAAUUUUAAAUCAAGCAUUCAACGAUUUAGAACAAAAAAAGUUGAGAGCAUUAAUCCUGAAGUGUUGUCCUCAGAUAAGGAAUCGAUAACAAGUAAGUUUGCGAAGUAAGUGGAGCAAAGAAGGAUAUGCAAGUGAUUCAUGCACAGGGUGGAGGGAGGAUUGAGAUGGUGCCGCAAGCGAGCAAGAAACCCCAAUGUGCGGCGCUGACCGACAAUGCAUCAGCAGGAGAGCAUCUUUUGUGGAGACGGAGGUAACAGCGUGGCUGCGUCCGCCAUGAAUACGGAUGGGUCGUACUCGAUGUGUUAAAAGUUAAUUUUGAGAAGUAAUGCAUAUGCAUGCUGAGAAUUAAAGCAUAUGAAUGUAUUAUGAGAUUUCCAGAACUAUCUAUUAUGCUGAAUUUAUAAGAUUAUAGAGGCUACAAAUAUGCUCAAGAGAUAA